GCUCGAGCUCGACUGGGGUGAUGGCGGCCGCGUCGAGGAAGGAGGAGGAGAGGAACGAGCGGAUCGUGCGGGGGCUCCUCAAGCUGCCGCCCAACCGCAGAUGCAUCAACUGCAACGGCAUCGGGCCCCAGUACGUGUGCACCAGCUUCUGGACCUUCAUCUGCAUCUCCUGCAGCGGCAUCCACCGCGAGUUCACGCACCGAGUAAAAUCGGUGUCAAUGUCGAAGUUCACCGCGCAAGAGGUUGAGGCCCUUCAAAAGGGUGGGAACCAGCGAGCUAGAGAAUCGUUUCUGAAGAAUUUCGAUACCCAGCAAAUGCAGCUACCUGAUAGCAGUAACUUUAACAGUCUUAGAGAAUUUAUAAGAGUUGUUUAUGUGGAGAGACGAUAUGCUGGCGUGAGAUCUUCUGAUAAGCCUCCGAGAGAUAAUAAACAGAUUCAAAAGCCCCAUGAAGAAGAACAUAGAAGGUCUAGUUCCUAUCAUUCAUUUUCUCAGAGCCCACCUAAUGACUACCAAUAUGAAGAAAGACGCAGUGGCAAGCAACCAGCGAUGCUUACUAGGAAACCUGGUUCAGAUCGAGGGCAUGACGGAAAGAUGUCUUACCGUUCAACUAGCCUGCAAGAGAGAAUGUCUGAGGACCAACUUGCAAAUGAGAUUCGGGAAUUGAGGACUUCUGACUGCUCCGGUUCAAGCGUGAGUGAUACAGUUAGAACAGUUCCCGAAUCACCUAAUUUCUUCGAUAAUGGGUGUUCAAGCGCUCCUUUCCAACAAAAUCAAUCAGAUAUGCUGAAUUCUAAUGGCAUCACUCAAUCCCAGAGAACUGCAUCAACAGAGAACAUUGAUACCACAAUGCUUAAAUCAGGAAACUCAAGCUUAGCUGAUUUGUUUUUUGGUUCUGAGACUGCUCACGGAACUCAAGAAUCCAACAACUUUAUAGCUCCAAGUUUUGUAGCCUUUUCUGAUGCUGUAAAUGGUGCAGAAGAGGAUUUCUUCAGCCGGCCAAAUUUGCAGCAACAAUUUGUAACUGGCUUAUAUCCUUCUGUAGAUUUUUUCGCAAAUAUGCCUCCUACAACUUCAUCUUCUGACAAAAUUCCACUGGAAGCUCCAUCACUAGACAAUGCUGGGUGGGCUACAUUUGACACGCCUCCAAAAGAUAAACAGCCUGGAGUAACUGGGCCCUCUCUUGUAGCUUCCAUAGACAAACAGACUCUGGGUCAUGAUUUGUUUUUGUUCGAACCAAGUGAUAGACCAGCAUCGUUCCUGACUUCCAAGGAUAAAGUUUCAGUCAUCAAUCAGUCUGGUGCUACGUCUCAUGAUUCAAGUUGCUCUCAGUUAUGGCAUUCUUUUGAUGAUGCAACUGGGGUCAUGAUUAAUGAUCACUCCACUGCUGGACCACUGUGUAAUGAGCACCAAAAUGUAGUCAAUGUUUCUCUCGGUACGAGCAAUCCGUUUACUUGCUCUGUUGUUUCAGAGGAAUCUCAGGAUGAUGAUUGCCAUAAAGUGUUCAUGGAGGAAUUAGCUCCAAGUGCACCAUUUGCUGCUUUCCUAGAGCCAUCUCUAAUAUCUGCUGCUCCUUCCUUGGGAAGAACCUCGGCUGAUAAGGCUGUGCUAAAUCCAUUUGAUCUUCCGUUUGAUACUGACUCAGAGGCUCCUGGUCUGUUCAUGGACGUGAGCACGUUGCAAGCAGCUUUGCCUAAUUUACCAAGUUCUUUUCUUGAUGGUUUGCCUGAAUCAUGGUUCUCCAACAAUACUUGUACCUAUGUUCCGUCUGGAUCACAUGGUGGACUAUCAUGUCUUGCUGAGCAGGCCCCGAACUCUCCAUUGAGGAACAUAGCGUUGAGCACUGUAUCAACUGGCAAUCCUUUUGCAUAGGAAGGAUUCGGCUUGGAAGUUUUAGGGCUCUGUUGCCGUGAUAUGCUGCGCUUGGACUUCUCAAGAAAUCAGCGUAUGGCCAACUGACAUGUUCCUUCGGUUCAGUGAACUACUGAAGGGCAUUCCGUGGAGACUCGGAUCUCU